AUGUUGAACGUGGAAAAAGUAACCAAGUUGAGUUCUAUUUUCACCACUUUCUUAGUUCUUGUUCUCUUUUCAGUUUCUAAGUAUUUUCCUUACCUUUUCACACUUGUAUUUGUUCUUUUAUCUACUAUGAUAGUUUUCACAAUAGCAAAGAAAAAAGGAGAUGUUGCUCAUACUGAGGCUAGUGAAACUUCUCAUAAUCAAAGUGAAGCACAUUCAUAUCCUACACAAGCUGAUCCAUAUUCAGAUUCUUCAUUUCCAUUAGAUAGUGAAAAUAGUUAUAGUUCAAUUACUGAUCAAAGUUUUGAAAUUGAUCUUAGAAGAAAUCGAGAUAAUGACGAGGAGGAAGAUGAGGACGAUCUUAUUGAAAUCGAUAUUUCAAGGAGUUUGGAUUUUAUUUUCAAACAGGAGAGUUUCAUGGAUCACUUAGAAGAAAUUAAUGAGGAUGGAAAUUUAAUUGAAAUUGAUAUUCUCAAGGGAUUUACAAAAUAUCAAGAUUUUAGGUUUAAGGAGUUGGCAUGUUUAGGUGAUUAA